ACAGUCCACUAGACCAGUUGUUGCAUAGUAACGAAAUAGCGAAGAGUCCAGUACUCUGUCGUCGCUCUAAAAGAGUACUAAAUAUAAUAUUGACAUAAGAUAGACGAAACAUAAAUCCGCAGCAAUGAAGAUCGGAUUUUUCGUAUCGAUUAUUAUUAUUUUUGUGAUUACUUUCGCGACUCGGAAUGAAGCGUACAGAAUCCUGGCGAUUUUUCCGCUUCAAUCGCGGAGUCACCACAUGUUGUUCGACGCGUUGAUCGAGGCAUUAGCGGAAAAGGGACACCAAAUGGACGUGAUGACAGUUUAUCCCUUGAAAAAACCGCUCAAGAAUUAUAAAGUUGUUGUGAACCUCGAGAGAGUGGCGAAGCAUGUCGUCAACCAGUGGAGUAUCGAGUACGCAUCGAAACUGGGGGAUGACGUACUUCCGACUUUAACCACGGUGUAUGGGAAUGAGUUGUGUGAGUACUUAGCACUGCCGGAGAUGCAGGAGAUCAUAAAAAAUCCACCGCAAGACCCGCCGUACGAUCUAGUCAUCCUCGAGGCGUUCAUGUCUAAUUGUUUUAUCGGCGUGGGCCACGCGCUCAAUGUCCCAGUGAUAAUGGUGAGCUCGCCACUGCCGUACCCCUGGCUGGAAAUUAGCCUCGGCCAGCCCCAAUUUACAGCAUUCGUCCCAUCUCGCAACACGAAUUACCAGUACCCGAUGUCAUUCUUCGUUCGCGUGCUGAAUACUAUCAGGAGUCACUACGAUUAUAUGAGAUUUAAUUAUUACACGGAAGCGGUGCAAAACGCAAAAAUGAGAAAAUACAUUGAUCCCGAUAUUCCACCCCUUCGGGAACUGGAGAAAAAUGUGGCUUUGGCGCUCGUGAAUACGUGGCACAGCCUCAAUGGCAUUCAACCACUUACACCCGGGAUUAUUGAAGUUGCUGGGCUUCACAUGGAAGCGAACUACGUUCCUCUUCCGAAGGAAAUGGAGAAGUGGAUGAAUGAUAGUGCCUCUGGUGUAAUCUACUUUACACUUGGAUCCUUGGUGAAUAUUGAAACAUUCCCUGACGCGACUAUCAGAGCAUUUUACUCGGUAUUCAGGGGAAUAGCACCAGUAAGAGUGCUGAUGAAAGUGGCUAAUAAGACUGCUCUCCUUCCUGGGCUUCCUGAUAACGUAAUGACCUCUUCCUGGAUACCUCAAGUGGCUGUACUAGCUCACAAAAAUACGAAAAUGUUUAUUACUCAUGGAGGCCUGAUGAGCACCCAGGAGGCACUCAUCUACGGGGUUCCCCUCGUCGGAAUUCCCUUCUUCGGGGAUCAGCACAGUAAUAUUAUCGAUUAUCAUUCACUCGGGAUGGCACUCGAGCUGAAUAAUCAUAAUCUCAGUGAGAAAGCUAUUUCCUGGGCUGUUAAUGAAGUCUUGCAUAAUUCGAAGUACAGAGAGGCAGCGAAGCGCCAGUCCUUCAAAUUUCUGGAUCGUCCCAUGAGUGCGAAGGAUACCGCGGUUUAUUGGGUUGAAUAUGCUAUCAGACACGGUCCAGACGCCCUCCGAUCUCCCUUGGUCGACAUGCCGUGGUGGCAAGUGGCUCUCCUCGAUGUUUACGGUUUCCUCAGUAUCUGCAUCCUUGCCAGUGUUUAUCUAAUUAUUCGCCUAGCGAGAGCCCUUCUGAGGGCAGUUACACCAACAACACAUGGAAAACGAAUGAAAUCGGAUUGAUCACGUCACCGCGUAAUAAAACAUUUUUUACUCCUACCCUCUGAUUUAAUAAAAAUUUAUUAAAACCACAAUGCUCAUUAGGUA